AUGACUGGAAUGCCGGGCGUGGGGCGUCUGGGGGUGCUGGUCGCUGCCCCUAUAUCAUUCGCGCAGGUCCCCGCGCUGGUCGCCCAUGCAAUGGCUUUCACACUGAACCUGCUUAGGCGUGGUGUACCUAUCUUUGAUCUUGACUAUGAUGCUAUUCUUGCUGCCAUGUAUGCAUUGACUGUUAGUGCUGAGGGUGACUGCUACUUGUGUGUGCCGCCUGACCCCGGUAUAGACCCAGGUAUAGCGCCUGCAGCCCUAGGUGCUAGUGAGUCUGCUCUCCCUGGUACUGCGUCCGCUCAGGCCUUGCACACCUUCACACUUGACUCAGUGCUUGCACGAUCCACCACUAUGCUUCCCUGUCCGGUGGUCCCGUCUGGUGAGCUGUUUGGUUUCCACCUCCCCUCGUUCUCUACGAACUUGGUGAGCAACGCCGUCCUUCAGGAUCACUGGGUUGACACCUGGACUCCUGGAGGACAGCGUGUGGCGAUCUGCACGUGCUCUAGGACCGGCCGCCACCUGGCCACGUUCACACGUGAGCCUGGGUCCAGUCUGUACACCCUCACCACUGUGUCGCGCUACGCCCCUUUGUCUCCUCAGCUGUACGCGUCUGCUCAGGUAGCUACCCAGUGUGAGUGCCGCCGCCUGCUCAGGUCUCUGCCUACCCUCCCUCCCUCGCCUGCGCCGCCCUGCAUUCCUUGCGUCGAGGGGCGGCAGCGCGCCGCUCCUCACUCCUCCUCGUUCCCUCCCACAGAGGCUCCGCUGCAGACUCUCCACCUGGACGUGUGGGGCCCAGCCCGCGUCCAGGGGCACGGCCGCGAGCGGUACUUCCUGCUGGUUGUCGACGACUACACGCGAAACACCACGGUCUUCCCCUUGCAGCGCAAGGCGGAUGUCCCUGCUGUUCUGAUCCCUUGGAUCCGUGCUGUUCGUCUCCAGCUCCGCGAGCGGUUCGAGUCGGACUUUCCUGUCCUGCGUCUGCACUCUGACAGAGGUGGUGAGUUCACCUCCGACCUCUUGCGAGCCUUCUGUGCGGAGCACGGCAUCACCCAGUCGUUCACGCUUCCGGCCUCUCCGCAACAGAAUGGGGUUGUUGAGCGCCGCAUUGGCUUAGUCAUGGAGGUCGCUCGCACCUCCAUGAUCCAUGCAGCUGCCCCCCAUUUUCUGUGGCCGUUCGCGGUCCGGUACGCCGCGCAUCAGCUCAACCUCUGGCCCCGUGUCUCCUUGCCGGAGACCUCGCCCACACUGCUGUGGACGGGGAAGGUUGGCGAUGCGUCGCGUUUCCGGGUCUGGGGUGCUCGUGCCUUUGUCCGCGAUACCACCGCGGACAAGCUCUCCGCUCACGCCAUUCCCUGCGUCUUCCUUGGUUUUCCUCCUGACGCGCCUGGCUGGCAGUUUUACGACCCCGCCUCGCGCCGUGUCUUUGCGUCUCAGGACGUCACCUUUGACGAGUCUGUUCCCUUCUACCGUCUCUUUCCCUACCGCACGCACUUCCCUUCGCACUCCCCGCCGCUCUUUCUCACUCCAGGUCCUCCCCAGGUAGACCCCCUCCCCGUGCCAGGUCCUGCUCCUUCAGGUGUUUCUCAGGUAGACCCUCCCGUGCCUGCGCCUGUUGAGGUCACUGGUGACUCAGGUCCUGCUGGGCGUGGUGCUGUCUUUGGGGGUGCUGGACCUGGGGGUGCGAGGCCUGGGGUUGCGGAGCCUGGGGGUGCGGAGCUUGGGGGUGCUGAGCCUGGGGGUGCGGAGUCUACGCGUGAGGAGACUGGGGGUACUGCGCCUGAGCGUGAGGAGCCUGAGGGUGCGGAGCCUGGAGGUGCUGAGCCUGAGAGUGACGAGACUGGAGGUACUGCGCCUGGGGGUGCUGUGUCUGGGGGUGCUGAGCCUGAGCGUGAGGAGCCUGGAGGUGCUGGCUCUGGGGGUGCGAUGCCUGAGGGUACUAAGACUGCUGGUGCGAGGUCUCCUUGGAGUGGCCGCCUUCGUCCGCGUGUGCCUCUCACCUCACAGCAGCUGCACGAGUGGUACGGUCGCCGUCAGGGUCGCGCUACUGGAGCUCGGGGCUCUGCCGCUGGAGGUGCUUCUGCUGACGUCGCUGGAGCUGGGAGUGGUGCUGGUCCUUUGUCUACUGGAGGUGCUGGAGUCGCUGGUCCCGGAGGUGCUCGUACUGGAGGUACUAGAGCUGCUGGGGCUGGAGGUGCUGUUCUCGAGGGUGCUACUGCUGGAGACACUGCGGCUGGAGACCCUGGGACUGGGGGUGCCGGUUCUGGGGGUGCUGCUGCUGGUGACACUGAGGCUGGAGACCCUGGGACUGGGGGUGCCGGUUCUGGGGGUGCUGCUGCUAGUGGAGCUGGUCUUGGAGGCGCUGGUGCUGGGGGUUCUGGAGCUGCUGGAGGUGCUGGAGCUACUGGAGGUUCUUAG